UGGACUACAGUUCCAGAAGGACGUUGUCAGGCGGAAGCCGGAAACAGGAAGAGAAGCUCUGAGGUAUUUUGAAAACAAAUCAGAAAGAUGAGAUCGUCAGAAAACCGAGACUGAUAGUGCUGCUGUCUGCUGUGCUUCCUGUGAUCAUUCAUUCAUCAAGAGCGGGGGCACGCUAAUGCAGGAGGUGUGUUAUUGGCCAAGACAACUAAAAACAGAGGGGGAAAAGCCAAAGAAGCGAAAACUGAUGCAGACACCUCAUCCAAAGUUUGAAUCCACUGAAUUGGAAUUCAACAAGAAAGGACGACUUAAACGCCCAAUGAAUGCAUACAUGCUCUGGGCCCGAAUUAACCGUCCAGUUCUGGCCAAAGCCAAUCCUAACAGUAAAUUUGCACUCAUAAGUGCAAAGCUUGGAGAAGAAUGGAGCAAACUUACCGAGGCACAAAAGGAGCCCUAUUAUGAAGAGGCAGAACGAAUUAAAAGAAAACACACUCGAGAACAUCCAGACUGGGAAUUUCGACCUGAUAUUAAGCAGAGGAAGAUGGCCCCUCCGGUAUAUGUCGCCAUUCCAACUUCUAAGGAUCCACCAGCAGCCUCAACUAAUUUGACGCCGCAAAAUUCAUCAACAACAACAUCAUCAUCAUCAUCGUCGUCCUCCUCUUCGGGGGUGGCCCCUCAACCAAGCCAACCAUCGGGUGGAGUAUAUUACAUUUUGCAUCGUGUAAUACCAUUGGCUACAAACACCAGUUCUAGGAAUACCAUCGACCAGUAAAACCAUCGUCUAAUACUACCAUCGUGCUUCUAGGACCUACAACAGCCAACAUGUGAACAUUGUACAGACCUCUUAUUCAGCUUCUAAGACCUACAAGAGUGACUUUUGCAUUUUUGGAAAUAUUUGGAAAUGUCUAGUGUAGGAUUAGUGUAUGUGCCUAGGCUGAGCAGACUUCUUCCUGGGUGUAAGGCGUAAAGACUGACCAAUGUUUGCCCAUGUACAGAAGGAUAUCCUAGUCUAAGGACAGAGAAGACAUACACAUGUUUUAGUGGAGUAGGGAGGGAUAGAACCCCUGGCAGGUUUUUCUGUCUGUUACUGAGGUAGAUCUUCUCACUAUUUCUGGCAGGACAGGAAGUGAUGGUAAAUCUCUCUAAUGGAGCCUCGGAUAGCAAAAAUGUUUUGGCUUGAACAUACACUUUAAGAUCCUAUUUAUAUUUUGUGAGUGUUUUU